ACAAAACCAACGUUUGGUUAACUACACAAACCUUAGUUUCUAAAUUUCUUUAUCUACAGAAACUAUAUAUAUGUGUGAUGAUUUGCUAGUGAGAUUUUCAUACGAGCUAAAUAGUUUAAUCUUUGUAGGAUAAUAAUAUGGCAGGUGGAGGAUUUGCAGACACAGGAAAUAUUAACAGGGCUCAUCUUUAUGAAUAUAAAAUAACUGGUUAUUUUAUAUUUGCUUGCAUUAUUGCAGCUUCAGGAGGAUCCCUUUUUGGGUAUGAUCUUGGUGUUUCAGGUGGAGUUACUUCUAUGGAUGAUUUCUUGAAAGAAUUUUUCCCUACUGUAUAUAAAAAGAAACAUGCACAUCUUCAUGAGACAGAUUACUGUAAAUAUGACAACCAAAUUUUGACACUGUUUACUUCUUCUCUUUACUUCGCUGCCCUUCUUGCCACAUUUGGAGCUUCGUAUGUAACUAGAACAAGAGGCCGGAGAGCUAGUAUCCUUGUUGGAUCGAUCAGCUUCUUUGUCGGAGCAAUUGUCAAUGCUUGUGCAAAGAACAUUGCAAUGUUGAUAAUAGGUAGAUGUUUUCUCGGUGGAGGAAUUGGAUUUGGCAACCAGGCAGUUCCCCUGUAUCUUUCAGAAAUGGCGCCAGCAAAAAUCAGAGGAGCCGUUAAUCAACUGUUUCAACUAACGACCUGUUUAGGGAUUUUGGUGGCAAACUUUAUAAAUUAUGGAACUGAAAAGAUUCACCCAUGGGGAUGGAGAUUGUCUCUUGGCUUAGCUACUGUUCCUGCAACUGUAAUGUUUGUUGGAGGCCUUUUCCUACCUGAAACGCCUAAUAGUCUUAUAGAACAAGGCAAACUAGAAGAAGGAAGAAAAGUAUUAGAAAAAGUUAGAGGAACCACACAAGUUGAUGCAGAGUUUGAUGAUCUUAUUGAUGCAAGUAAUGCAGCGAGAGCCAUUAAACAUCCUUUCAAGAAUCUUCUUAAACGCAAGAAUCGUCCACAGUUGAUUAUUGGGGCUCUGGGAAUUCCUGCAUUUCAACAGCUAACUGGAAAUAACUCUAUACUGUUUUAUGCUCCAGUUAUAUUUCAGAGUUUGGGAUUUAGCAAUGAUGCAGCUUUAUAUUCAUCUGUCAUCACUAAUGCUGCUCUUGUUGUUGGUGCAAUAAUUUCCAUGUCUUUGGUCGAUAAAUUUGGCAGAAGAGCUUUCUUUUUGGAAGCUGGGGCUGAGAUGUUCUUUGUCAUGGUAGCUGUUGCCAUAACUUUGGCCUUGGAUUUUGGAGAUGGGAAACCAAUUCCAAAAGGAACUGGUGUCUUCCUUGUGAUUAUCAUUUGUUUGUUCGUCUUGGCUUAUGGACGGUCUUGGGGUCCUCUUGGCUGGUUAGUUCCAAGCGAGAUCUUCCCCUUGGAGACGCGAUCUGCUGGCCAGAGUACCGUGGUCUGCGUUAACAUGAUCUUCACAGCUUUGGUUGCACAAUGUUUCCUCGUGUCUCUUUGUCACCUUCAAUAUGGAAUUUUCUUGCUGUUUGCUGCGUUGAUUUUUAUCAUGAGCAUGUUCGUCUACUUCCUCUUACCGGAAACGAAACAAGUGCCAAUUGAGGAAAUAUAUCUUCUCUGGGAAAAUCACUGGUUCUGGAAGAAAAUAGUGGGAGAUGGAGGGAAAUCAUUAUCACACGUCUAAAAUCUUCUGAAACGGGGGAAGGCAAAUUGCUCUCUAUUUAGAAUGAACAUUUCUAUCAUGCAUUUCAAUACAUAGUGUAUAUUUUUAGCAAUGCAAUCUCAGUGAAAAAUUUCCUGCUCAAAAAAACAUUUCGGAUAUAUUUAUCUGGUCAGUAUAUAUAAACAACCAAAACGCCAGGACAUCAGCAAUGACACUAGAAAAAGCCAUUGGAAUCAAAAAUACAAAUAACAAUAUGGAGAGAAUACAAAGGGAAGAAUGGACAUGUUGAAGAAUUUUAUUUAUUAGCAGCAACUCUACAUGUAAAAAAAAAAAUCAGUUAGUAUCAUGCUAGCAGUUUAGCAAGUUCAUCUAUCCCUAGGCUUCCUAAUGGUGCUGAAUCCAUGGAUUGUUCAUGUGAUCUUUCAUUUCUUGGAAGUUUAAAACUUUUCUUCU